CUGUACACGCCGCAGCAUCAGGUGCGUCCGCUUAAGAAUGACGUUAUUUUGCGACUGUCGCUGAAACCCCUCGUGCUUUUUCUUCUCUUCUGGCAUUUUGCACGUCCCUGUCGUAUGUUGGCGCAACACUAGACACUGGCAGCGCCGCCUAUGCCGUCCACUCGCUCUCGUCAUCGCUUAUCUUCCUGUCGCAAUCCCCAGGUACUCUGGCUGCCAUCAUAACCAUGAACCCCGAGCUCGAAGCUUUUGCACGAGCCAUAUCGCGUGUCCUGGGCUGGGCCUACUUUCUUGCUUGGUCCUUGUCCUUCUACCCUCAGCCCAUCUCCAACUACGUCCGCAAAUCCACCCUUGGCCUUGCAAUCGACUUCCCUACCUUGAACGUCCUCGGCUUCACCUGCUACACCAUCUCCACCGCCUCAUUCCUCUACUCUCCCACUAUCAAAGCGCAAUAUGCCCAACGACACCCCGAAGCUCCGGUUACAACGGUGCGAUUCAAUGAUUUUCUGUUUGCCGCCCACGGCGCAGUCAUGUGUUUCAUAAUAUACAGCCAGUUCUUCGAGCCCAUAUGGGGAUUCGAAGUAGGCAAAAGGCAGAGAGUGAGCCGCGUUGUGUUUACCGUGUGGUGGGCAUGUGUCGCUGCCAUAUUUGCAGUUGUACUGCUGGUCCGCUUCAAAGGGCAGAACGGAGGCUACAACGCUGAUGGAUGGGCAUGGAUCGAUGUGAUCUACACUCUUGGCUACGUCAAACUCCUUACCGUUUUUCUCAAAUAUAUACCACAAGCAUGGGUCAACUACAAACGCAAGUCCACCGUUGGCUGGAGUAUCUAUCCCAUGCUGCUGGACUUUGCUGGCGGCUGGCUCUCACUCGCACAGCUAUGCAUAGACUCUGCGCUAGAAAACGAUUGGAGCGGUGUCACUGGCAACCCAGUCAAGUUCGGCCUUGGUAACAUUACCAUCGUCUUCGAUGUCAUCUUCAUGGUGCAGCACUACGUUCUAUAUCGACAUGCCUCUGAGAAAAGAGUCGAUGACGAAGAGGAGUCUCAGGCGCUAGUCGGGGCCAUGCGAGAUUAGGAGCUUCACCUGCAUAACUCCUAGUGCUGCCCUUUCCCCUAGGAGCAUGCUUAUCAUGCACAGCCGAACCAAAGUCCGGAUACCACGUGGAUGAACCCCAUCCCAAAACUUUAGAUUAGACCCUGACAAGACGCGCUAUCCUUUGUUGUGGACGAUACUUUUUUGACGCUAUUGAAUCUAUUCCAAUUUAGACGAGCACAUCUUGUUGCCAUGUAUUGGUC